AUGGCCUCGUACAACACGUCUGAUGCCAUGCCAGAGCAGGAUCCUGGUGUCAAUGAUGCCGUAAACAACGCCCUUCUUGAUGCAAUCAACACCAUUAUUGCCUGCUUAGCGGUGCUCGGUAACAGCAUGGUCAUUUCUGUUAUGUUGCUCAGACCAAGGGUGUUCAGCUCCUUUACCAACCGUCUCCUCCUUCACCAGUCCGUCAUAGACGCGGUGGCCGGACUAUUGUUUUUACUCUUCACUGUAGUUCGAGAGUUUCCUGUGGUGGUCUCCCGGGAAGGAAACGAAUACGACCAGCUGGUCUGCCGCGUUGUGCACUCGGCGUUCUUGCUCUGGUCCGUCAACGUGACGUCCACCUAUAAUCUGGUCAUCAUCUCCUUGGAGCGGUUCAUGGCCACCUGCUACCCGGUGAGGCACCGCAACACCUGGUCCAGGGCUAAGCUGAAGUUUGCCCUGGCCGCCUCCUGGCUUAUCGGCUUCCUCUACGGCUCCCACUUGCUAUUCAUCUUCGAGCCGCGUCAGGGAGAGUGCCAGCCCGUGGCCAUGGGGGUGGGCCUACAGGUUCUCUUCGGCGCAGUGGUGGUAGGAAUCGAGUACCUGAUACCCAUGUCCAUCAUGGUCUACACCUACUCUCGUAUCCUGACCAGCCUAAGUAUGAGACCUGGGAACCCUGUCAGCGGCCAGCCGAACUCUUUGAGCAGAGCGAAGAGGAACGUCCUGGUGACGGUGCUGCUGGCCGCCGUUAUGUUCGCUGUCUGCUGGAUACCAUCCGAACUCACCUACCUCAAUGCAGUGUUCUUCGGUGACACCUUUGGCGAGCAGGUCUAUGAAGCUUCGACUGGGGUCCUGGCCUGCAACAUGUUCGUUAAUCCGGUCAUUUACUGCUUCAUGUACGAGCGCUUUCGAGUUCAACUCAGAGGACUUAUCAUGAGACGAUUCCGAGGGAAUCGAGUUGCCAACGAGUUAAGUGUUACACUAUCCACUGAGCCAUGA